AUGGUGACAACGUUCAAGAUUGCCGUGCUGGGUGCUCAAGGGGUCGGGAAGAGCGCCAUCGUCCGCCAGUUCUUGUACAACGACUUCAGCGAGGUCUGCGUGCCCACGAAGGCCCGCCGCGUCUACCUGCCCGCUGUGGUCAUGAAUGGCCACGUCCACGACCUACAGAUCUUGGACUUCCCGCCCAUCACCUCUUUCCCAGUAAACACCUUACAGGAGUGGGCCGACGUCUGCUGCAGGGGCCUGCGGAGCGUGCAUGCCUACAUCCUGGUGUAUGACAUCUGCUGUUUCGACAGCUUCGAGUACAUCAAGACCAUCCGGCAGCAGAUCCUGGAAACCAGGGUGAUCGGCACCUCGGAGACGCCCAUCAUCAUCGUGGGGAACAAGCGGGACCUGCAGCGCGGCCGCGUCAUCCCGCGCUGGAAUGUCUCCAACCUGGUGAGGAAGAGCUGGAAAUGCGGCUACGUGGAGUGCUCGGCCAAGUACAACUGGCACAUCCUGCUGCUCUUCAGCGAGCUGCUCAAGAGCGCGGGCUGCGCCCACUGCAAGCACGUGCACGCGGCCCUCCGCUUCCAGGGCGCGCUGCGCAGGAACCGAUGCGCCAUCAUGUGA